UGAUCACCCACAAACUCACAAUUCACAUAACUUAUAGUUUUGUGUGUGUGCUUUGUGUGUGUGUGUACUUUGUGUGUGAGUUUUUCUUAAGAGAUCAAUGGAGGAUCAAAAUGCUAUUGAGAAGGUUAACAAUGGUUCACUACUUCGGAAGAUGAAACCUUACCUUGCUAUAUUGUCUCUACAAUUUGGUUACUCUGGGAUGUAUAUCAUUACUAUGGUUUCUUUCAAACAUGGUAUGAGUCAUUGGAUUCUCUCGGUGUACCGUCAUGUUGUGGCCGCAAUUAUAAUCAUCCCUUUCGCGCUUGUUCUCGAAAGGAAAAUAAGGCCAAAGAUGACUCUUCCUAUCUUCUUGAGGAUAGUGGCACUUGGUUUCCUUGAGCCAGUACUAGAUCAAAACUUAUACAACAUGGGAAUGAAGAUGACUUCAACAACGUUUGCAUCUGCCACUGUUAAUGUCCUUCCUGCUCUAACUUUUAUAAUGGCACUCACUUUCAGGUUAGAAUCGGUAAACUGGAGAAAAUUUCAUAGCGUAGCCAAAGUAAUUGGAACGGUUAUAACCGUUUCAGGAGCUAUGGUUAUGACUUUGUACAAAGGACCUGCCUUCCAGUUCUUAAAAGGAGGAGGAAUCAGCCACCACAACGACGCUGCGGCCGAUGAACCUAUGCAACAAAAUUGGGUGAUGGGUCCAAUUAUGCUCAUAGGAAGUUGUGCUAGUUGGGCUGGAUUCUUUAUUUUGCAAUCAUUCACAUUGAAGAAAUAUCCAGCAGAGCUAUCACUCACAGCAUGGAUUUGUGUCAUGGGAAUCAUUGAGGGUUCAAUUGCAUCAUUUAUAUUUGAAAGGGACAUGAGUGUGUGGGUCAUAGGUUGGGACUCAAGGCUUCUUGCUUGUGUUUAUUCUGGUGUGAUAUGCUCUGGAAUGGCAUAUUAUAUACAAGGAGUUGUAACAAGAGAACGUGGACCAGUUUUUGUAACUUCUUUCAGUCCAUUAUGCAUGAUUAUCACUGCUGCAUUGGGUUCACUUGUCUUAGCCGAACAAGUUCAUCUCGGAAGUAUAUUUGGAGCUAUACUCAUUGUUGCUGGACUUUACACCGUGGUGUGGGGAAAAAGCAAAGAUCGUCGUGAAAGCGCGAAAGAAAUCCAAGAAUUACCAAUCAAGGAUGGUACAAAUUCAGAGACAGACAUUUUUCAUGGAAUUGAGAUUAAUGUUGCAGACGAAAAGUUGAAAAAAGGAGCAGCAAAAAAUGUUCCAACAUAAGCAUGAUCAUGAUGAAGUUGUUAAUGAACUAAUAAGAACAGUUUAUGUAUCAAAUUUUCCUAUUUUGUUAGAGGUUAUUAAAGAUUUUCUGCGGUGUGAAAAUCUUUUUUAAUUUAAGUAGCUUUACUUUUGUUUUUGUUACCUUAACUUUUUCUGUUCGGAAAGUAUAAUGUUGUGAAUCAAUAAUGCAAUAUAUAAUGCUUUUGUUUUGUCUA